AUGCUUGGCAGCGAGUAGAGGAUAGAUCCUCUGUCCUCUUAUACACUAACUUAAAAGUCUGAUGAUCUGGAUGAACUCAGCUUGAUUUUGGCCAAGGAAUUAUAGACAAAUGAAUCUUUGCCACUUAAUUAAACAAAUUCCGGAAAUGACUCUACAAACUCAACUGAUAGUGAUGAGCCAAAUUAAAGCAUGACUGAUUUAGACAUACUUGCUAAAAAAGCAUUAGGUAAGAACGAUGAAUUAGCACUAAAGAAAAGUUAGCAAAUAGUUUUCAUGUGCAAUAAACAAUAAAAUGAAGACUAAAACAUAAAUGAGCAGAUAGAUUAGACAAGUGUUUAGGAAAUAUUGUGUCAUAUUUGCAAUACUUCUAGAGGGAUUAUUCUUAGAAGCAACAAGAGAAACGAAUGGUAAAAUCAUCUAAAGCUGACUGAGUCAGAAAAUAAUACUUUCAAUGAAAUUUAUGAUAAACUCUAAGGACUAUUCCUUGAUUCCAAUUAUGUUUUUUCAAUGAAUGGAUAUAUGAUGUGUUUUGCAUCUGAUUCGCUUCCAGGCUAGUAUAGCAUGAAGAAGUUAUCUCGUCAAUUUGAUGAUCAUACUAUUGAUAACUCUGAUAUAUAUUUUGAUGGCUAAGAUACCAUUGAACCUACAUUGUUAACUUUGAGAUAUAUUCUAAACCCAGAAAGCAAAGAGAUAGAAAAAACUCAUUAUCAGUUAUAAGUUAAAAUUCCAUUGAGGAACAAUCACAUUGUAGUUGAUCACCCUAACGAUACAAAUAUAUUCAACUUCACUUUGACUGAUUAAGUCAUAGAUAGAUUCCUCACUGAUUAGACAAAAGAGGUUGCUUAUCUUUAAGGAAAAGCAAGAACAUAAGUUAAAAAUUUGACUAUCCCAGUGAGAAUAUACAUUGAUUUGAGUAACGGAGAAAAGCAAUUCCUAUUUGAACCUUAUUCAGGAACAACAAACGUUCAAACAUUUCUUGACAUAUUUAUGGUAAAUAGCAGUUACUAUCAAGAUCUACCAAUACCAAAGGGAAUAAGUUCUAUAUUCUCAUUACCUGUAUAUCAUGCUAUUGUCCAGUUUGAAUCAGAUUAGCUUUCAAAUGAACAGAUAUCUUUCAAGUUUAUCUUAAGGCUAGAAAUAAACUUUAUAGUGCCAGUAGAUUUUAGAUUUAUGCCUCGCUUAGGUCUAUCAGAUGCUUCAGGCAGUAUAUUUAUAGACUAUCCCGAAAGAGAUGCAUUGGACAUCAGUCUGUUCUUGAAUGGAAUAACUGUUUUGAACAAGACACAAGUUUUUGGUACAACUAUACAGAAGUCUUAUCUUCAAGAUUCAUACACUACUGUUAUGAGAGCAAUUGAUUAAUCCUAUCUAUCAAUCACUUAUCUAAAAGAUAAUUUAUUCAGAAGCUUUAAUGUAAUCGACUAAGACUUCUGGCCUGUAGAUGAUAGAAUAUCUAUGUCCAUUAUAAAUUCAAAGAUGUAGCUGGAGAAUAAAGUAAUCGAAGCCCCUAUAAUAAGAGUAUCUUGGUUGCCAAAGCAAAUGCAAAUCUUUGAGGGAUAUACUAGUAUUUAUGGCAAAAAUGAUGCUGAAAUAUUUAUACUAAUGGCUAAUCUUGCUGGGACUACUCUUUAAAAUACUCAUCUUGUGUUCAAGGGGGAUAAAUCACUUAAUGCCUUUUAGAAUACUUUUAACUUGGGAGAAUUCCACUCUUUCUCAGAGUUAAAAUCAUUUGAUAUUUAAAGAUUUACAGUUACCUUUACAAACUAAGACAUUGACUUGAACUUAUGGCCAGAUGUAAAAGAAUCUAUCAGUUUUGAAGAAGAUAAUAUUUGGAUUGAAGGAGUGCAGAUUGCCCUUAAUCUGGAGCUAAAGAAGAUUGAGGAUAUAGCUGAUCUAUUUCCUUAAUCAUUCGCUCGCAUAUUUAAGAAAUUUGCGAUAAAUUCUAAGAGCAAUUAGGAGUUUGAAGAUAUAGAAAAUAUUGGCUAAAGCAUUAGAAUGAGUGGAAGUCUGUUAAAUGAACAGACCGUUAAGUUAGAAGGAAUAAUAGGUGAGUAAAUUCAAUUAAGUAGCAAUGUUAUGCUACAUGAUGCCAAAUUCGUAAUGAGCUUCCCAAUAAACUUUAUUCAGAAGAAAAAAGUAUCAAAGCAUCACAAGGAUGAAAAAUCGAAGCAUAAAAGUAUAAAUAAUAGCACUGUAGAUUCGUAUAUCGAGGGUAGAGUAUAGAUAUAAGUUGAGCCUGGAAGAUAUCUAAAUUUCUUUGCUAAAAUUGAUAGUUCAAAUGAUGAGUGGAUCAGCCUAGAUGGAUAGAUGACUGGACUCUACACAAAUGUACUAGGAGUAUAAAAUUUGCAUUUAUCUCAAAUAAAGAUUCAUGGGUAAAUAGAUAAUGAAGCUUAGAUUAGAAAUAUCACUAUAUAUGGAUAAGGACUAUUCGGUCAAGAAUGUCUAUAAUUGAGUAAAUCCUAGAAAUACAAAACAAAAAAUAAUGAUAUUAUGAGUUUGCUUGAUCUGGUCGCUUAAGAUUCAGAGAGUCCUUAAUUUACAUUAUCAUAGACUGAUGCUUCACUAAGGGCAUUGUUUGAAAGAUAGCUAAAUAAUUAGUCAAAAGAGAUCCUUUCACUGAAUCAAAACUGCUUUAUGGGAGAUAUUAAGAACUAAAUUGAUCUUCAGAAUUUCGAGUAUUCUUUUCUUAAGGGACAUUUGUGGGUUGAAACUUUCAAAACCCUUUUAUAAUUUGUAAUAACAGAUAGAGAAAAAUUUGAAAGAGCCUAUAAAAGUCUAAUAAAUCCCAUUACUGAGUUAAAGUUCUCAAAUGGAAUUGACUUUAGCUUUAACCCAGGAAAAACCACUUUAAAGUAUGUUGACUAAGAAAUCCCAAAAGGUUUUAGAUUUUAGGGAAACAUUAAAUUUUUAGGUCUAGACUCUGAAACAACAAUAGAUUUUACAGCCUAAUCAAGGCCAUCCUACCAAAAGGUUCCCUUAAAUGACCAUUAGUAUCUUAACAUAAAAUUCUAAUUACCAUCUUUUACAGUUGGGCAUCAGAAUGUCUAGAUACUAUCGUUCCAAGACUUUUAUGUUGCAAUGACUUCUGAGGAAGAAAAAAGAGUGUCUAAGAAUCCGAUACAAGUGUCUGUUUAGAUUGAUAUUGAUUCUGAAUCAUCUAUAGCAGAUAUAGAGCAGAUAUAGAUGAUUGGUAAUGUUAAAGUCCUUGACUUCAUGACAUAAGCAUAGCUAGUGGUUGAUGACAAUUAAUUAUCCUUUACUACUAAUAAUGAGGCCUUGCCUUUUAAUGGUGUAUUUUAGGCUUAAAUAUCAAUGCAAAUAGAUCUUAAUCACUUGACUGAUAUUUCAAUUGCUCCUUCUACUCUUAAUGUUACUUUCAAAGAUACUACUCCAGAGUUUAGUAAGAUUAGAGAUUUAGUUGAUAAGCUUGUUUAUCAAACUUGGAUUAAGCCUGUUUCCUAAACAUUCAAUUAAUAUCAUUAAAGAGUAUCAGAAAUCCUGUCAAAAAUUAAUUUAAUGAAAACUGAGCUAUGUGAUGUCAGAUCUUGUGUUUAAUAGUCUCAGUGUAUUAGUGAACCAAAACUUUUAUGCAAAGAAUACAAGAUCGUAGAGUAAUGCGAAAAAGAAAAGUAGUCAUGCCCAAAUCAUGCCUUUGACAUGGUAUGCUAGACACUUAAAAGAGGUGUGGCUCUAUCAAAUGAUGCUACGACUGAUGUUUGCCAAGCUUGGACUUAUGAAUGUUCUAAAGACAGUUAAUUCCUACUUAAUGCAAAGUCAGAUAACAUUUGUGUUGAAUCUAAGUACUCUUACGAUUUUGAAAACUGUAUUGAUUUUACCAUAGAUUGUGAAAGGGGAUACAUUCAAGAUUCAUAUUGUUUGGCUAAAUGUACAAAUACCAAGAAUGAAUAUGAAAGACUAGAAAAAGCUGAAAGAAAUUUCUAGGUUGUAGCUGAUGCAGCUGGUGAACUCUUUGGCCCUAUUCACGCUCUUUCUCAAACUAGAAAUAACACAAACGGGCUUUUGAUUCAUAUUACAUCAAUUGAGAUUGAUUAAGAAUUAGAUAGAACUCUAAAUCCAUCAGAGUACAUUGUGACUGUUAGAUAUGUAGUGAUAAACCAACUUGAUUAACCAAGGGAGGUCUCAGUUCCUGAUUUUGAUUAUCUAUAUAUUGACGUGGCUGCUGAAAGAGUAGCCUAAGCGAUUAGAAAGGAUAUGAGUGUAUUAUUUAACUUAUCAGCUUCUUUUGGAGAUUUUAUGCCUAUUGCUCUUUAAAACCUAGAUAAAUUUAUGCUUUAUACUGGAAAUUAAACUCUAACAGUUGAUAUCAUAAAGCAAUCUGUGAUUUAGGAGACUUAAAAACAAGCUCUUCAUAUAGAUGGUUUAAAGACGCAAAGAGUGAUUAAGGUCGCUACACCUGGUGAAAUUAGUCUAAAUAAACUUGGCCAGGCUACCUCAUAAAAUCUUGAGAUUACUUCACUUGCGAAUAAAUUUGUAAAGAAAAAUGAUAAUUCCUAAACCAAGAUUCCAAGUGGUCUUGAUUCAAUCAAUUAUGAUCUUGGAAAAAUCAACGCAAUUAACCAAUGA